CAACACCACUACGGACCUGACCAAUGCUAGAAUCUGAGCCUUCAUUAAUUAAGUAUUCAGUAACUUUUCUAAUCAAUUUGUGUGUCCUGCUGUCAGCAAAUAUUUUAUAUGUGUACUUGGAUAGGGUUGCUUCAUCACAAAUGCUCAUCUCUGCUGCACAGAAGUUACUGUGUCCUCGUAAGAAACGUUUAUCUCCGGCCACAUGUCUGGAUGUGACUGUUCAAAUAAUGGCUGUGGAUCUGGGCGUCAAACUUGCGCUACUUUACGACAGUAAUGCAGCAUCUCCAGAACAGCUUCAGAUGUACCUCAAUGCUCUACAGGAGUCUGGAGUUGUAACCAAUCCACUACGGAUUCUGACCAUUGAUGGCAACACAUUCAUUUUUAAUCGUGCCACUAUUGAGUCCCACCUGGACGAACUGCUCCAAAGCAAAGGUCUCAUUCUGAUUGACGUAUGUCCCUCAAAAAAACGAGCGGUUAUGGCUGGCUUUGAAAAGAAAACUGAGGAUAUGAUCAAAACUCUUUCAGGAUUCUUCAUGAAUGAGCUGGACAAAGGCUCCUCUGUGAUUGUAUUAGGAGAAGAGUUGUAUAAUGACUGGAACUUGUGCACUCUUUUUGGAAUCCUGUUAGGUUAUCCAGCCUCAUACUGGUUUGACCAAACUAAAGGAUUCGGGAACUGUCUGUGUAUGACACCACUGGUGGUGUGCACCGUUUGGGUCAAAUGGCACACCCGUGACAUAAAUCAUCGCUGUUGUCUUUACUCUUUCAGUGUUCCUGAAGAGCUAUGGUCAGAAGUACAAUGUCAUGUGCAACAGUGGACUGAGCGUCUGAGAGAGAGAUUUAACAAACAGCCAGUUCUGACUGAUCUCUGCUUUUCUAGGGAAACUGUCACUUUGCGCUCUGUGACCCUUUGA